AUGGCAGCGCUGGCAGCGGCGUCGGCGGCAGAGGCCUUCGCUGCAUCACGUGGCCUGGCUCGUUGCAUUGGCAGCUCCAGAGCAUCGCAGCACCGGGAAUAUGCUUCAUCAGCAGCCACUAUAAAGCGACAACCGCAACAGACAACUAACGACGCCGGACCCAGCCGUCUUGGAGCUCAGCAUUCGAGCCAGGUCAACUCUGCUGCUCGACGUCAGUCCUCGACCGGCAAGCAGCCACGACGGUCCUCGCUGCUGCGCAUGGACCCAGCGCGUCCCGUCGUCCCCUCACUCACUCCAUCGUCAUCUAUAAAAGGGAAGGAACGCGAGGCGCAGCUGUCAGCAGUUCGAGCCAAGGGCCUCAGCCAGCUGCAUGUCGCUUUGCAAGCCGGUUCCGUCGACCAAGUUUGGUCGGCGUAUACAGAACUGCGCAACAGACAGAUAGAGCGCGAUCCCUACACGUUCACCGCCGAGACCGCAGUGCUGGACGGCAUCAUCACACCGUGGGAGUGCCAUCGAAUGAUCGGAAUACUGGCCAACGAAGCCACCAAAACCAAGGCAGGCAUCAACCGGCUGCUGCGCGUCUUGGCGGACCUGCGCGGACAGCAACGGCGCUUGCUCGCGCGAAUAGAGCGUGCCUCGGGAGCCAAGCAAACCUCUCGCAGAAACGUGCUCAGAAAAGAGCUCCAGGCAUGGGACGAGGUGUUGACGCCGCCUCUGCUCCACACCACCCUCGUGCACAUCGGCAAGAGCCUACGCAGCGUUGGCUUGGACGAGAUCGAUGAGGUGUUGGACCAGCUGCUCACCUACGAGGCCAACGAGCAGUCUCGCUCUCAAACAACUUUGCAGCACGACAAGAGGCUGCCGUCGCCAGCAUCAUCGAAAGCGAAAGCUGCCUCUCAAGACGGUUUGGCGGCGCUGCGAGACCGCGUGCUGUCUCCGCUGGCACGAUCUGCGGUGACGAAAAAGCUCGAGUCGCGACGCCCGCCAACCGACUCUCCCGACCUGGCGACGUACAAUACGCUGCUCGACAUCAUCACGCGGACGGUACGUCGGAGCUCACCUAUCGGCCAGUCCCCCUCAGCUCACGAGAACGAUCAAGACGACGAGGUGGACAGCGUAGCCAGGCUGACGCAGGAGGAGCUCGGAUCGCAUUCGGCGCAACUCGAUGCAUCGCUCGCAUCCAAGCUGCAGCGUUUCGGACUCGAUCCCGAGGCGGCGCCGGUGCAGCUCGACUCGCGCGAACGAGCGGAUCGUCUCUUCCACUCGAUGCUCGAGCGCAUGCAGCGAACGAGCGGCUUGGAACCGGACGUGAUCACGUACAACAUCAUGAUCUCGAUGUACAGCCUUUUGGAUCGCUGGGAGGCCGUCAGGCGCGUACUACGCGGGCUGGCCGACGAGGGCAUGCUCAACAUCGACUGCGUCAACAACGCGUUGCACCACUGGCAGGUGCGCGGUCCGCUCUCGGCGAGUCGGGCUAGCGACAGACAAGCCGGUGACAAUGGAGCGAUCGACAGCGCGCUCCAAGUGUACGGUCAGCUGCGCCAGAAUCUGGUGCAAGCCGAGCUGGGCUCACACCAUUCGACCAUCGCAUACGGCGAUCCCGACAUUCAGCCACGGAGCAGAUCUACCGAACGCAGCGAAGCACUCGAUGCGACUGGCGAAGCAGGACCCUUGAGCUGGCCAGAAGAGAACGAAAGCUUGGGGGAUGCCCAUCGCAGCCAUUCGGUGCAUGCGCCUGCGAAUGAAGCAGUGGAGGCAGUGCUGGGGAUGGCGAGCGUCCCGCACAACGUGCUGCCGGACGAGGUGACUUAUGCGAUGAUGAUCAACAGCCUCGCCCGCAGUGGCCGCUUUGCGGACGCGUUCAGCGUGUUCAAGGACCUGGUCAGCACGCCCACUCGAUCGCAACCUCGCAGCAACGACGGCAGGGACGAGGACCGAUCGUACGCAAGCAAGGCGGCGUCAGUCGAGGAGACAAAGAUGAAACCAACGAUGGCCAUCUUUGUAAGCUUUUUCCGUGGCUUUGCCAAGUACGGACGACCGAGCCAGGCCAUCCACUAUGACGCGGAGCAUCCGGAGCGGACCACGUGGGAGCCCGUUCCGUCUUUACAGGACGGCGAGGAGAUUGCAACGACUCCGACGACGCCAGCGCAGCAGCAGCUCGAGCUGUGGAGGAUCGAGACGUUCCAGCAGAUCUUUGAUGCCUUUCUGGGCUUUGAGCCCGAGGUAGAUCCCAUCUUGGCGAAUCGAGGCGGGGGGCGGAUUCGACGGGACGACGAGUCAGCGAGACGGCCUAUUUCGACGCCCUUCGGCUGGGUGUCGCUGGCGGAGAAGCGCAGGCUGGACGCGGCACGCCAGGCGCUCUCGCCCAACGAGCUCUUCUGGAUCCUCACCGCCAUUCGCAGGGUGAGCGGCGACCACGCGCGCUGGAGCCUGGCCAUGUGGAGCCAGGUGGUGACCAAAUUCGAGGGUGCAGGCCCAACCGAGGCGGCAUGGAAGGGCUUCCGGCUGGACAACCGACUUCGGCGCGUAGUCGAGCACCUCCAGACUCGCGUGCAGCAGGAACACGCCGAGCACGCCGAACACGACGGAGCACAUCAUCCUGCCUACGAUCGAUAA